AUGGUGGAGAAAUCGGGGCUGACCGAGGUGCAACACCCCAAGCCGUAUCGUUUGCAAUGGCUGAAUGAGACCGGCGUCGUCGAGAUUACCACGCAAGUGAAAGUGCCUAUUCACCUUGGCAGGUAUGAAGAUGAGGUUUUGUGCGAUGUUAUUCCCAUGCAGGCGACCCACAUUUUGUUGGGUAGACCGUGGCAGGUCGAUAGACGAGCUAUUCAUGAUGAAGUCACCAAUAAGUACUCCUUCGCGUAUAAGCAAAAGAAGUUGGCAAUUGUUUCCCUUAGUCCACAACAAAUUUAUGAGGAUCACGUGCAACUGCAGCAACGACACAAGGAGGCGGAUAAGGUGCAGUCUACGGAGCAGCCGGUCGAGCAAACAGAGAUGAAGGUUGAAGUGGAGAUUGAUAGAGAGGUUGUUGCUCUCCAAGAUGAGGUGACCGAUCCCGAUAGGCCACAAUUGGAGGAGACCGACGAAGCAAUGGCAGUUGUGGUGGACAUCGAUCGAGAGGUUGUUGCUGUUGAAGAAGAGGAGCCCAAUCUUACGUUGCUGAAAUUGCAGGAUUCACGUGAGAAAGUGCUUGAGGAAUAUGUUCCAAUUCCUUUGGAAGCAACGGUUUUGCUGAUCACGUCUGCAAGUGAAUUCUUUUGUGAUAAAGCGCCGAUGCAUGAUGCUACAUGGCUGUUCGGAAGAAAAGUGAAGCAUGGCAGUAUUUUCAACAACAAGUUCUUCAUGUUCAAGCCUUCUAUUCGUUCUGUUUUGCAGGAGUUUGAUGAUGUUUUUCCCGACGAUACACCUGCCGGUUUACCACCAAUUCGAGGGAUUGAGCAUCAGAUUGACUUUGUGCCCGGCGCUACACUGCCGAACCGACCAGCUUACCGAACCAAUCCGGAGGAGACAAAGGAGUUGGAGAGGCAAAUUGGCGAGUUAUUGGCCAAAGGGCAUGUGAGGGAGAGUUUGAGUCCUUGUGCGGUACCCGUUCUACUAGUACCGAAGAAGGACUCGUCUUUGAGGAUGUGCUGUGAUUGCCGAGCCAUCAAUAACAUCACGGUAAAGUAUCGCCAUCCUAUCCCUCGUUUAGAUGAUAUGCUAGAUGAGUUGCAUGGUUCUUGUGUCUUUUCUAAGAUCGAUUUGCGUAGUGGAUACCAUCAGAUUAGGAUUAAGGAAGGUGAUGAAUGGAAAACUGCUUUUAAGACAAAACUUGGUUUGUAUGAGUGGUUAGUUAUGCCUUUUGGUUUGACUAAUGCGCCUAGUACGUUCAUGCGUCUUAUGAAUCAUGUUUUGCGUAAGUGCAUUUUCGGUACGGACAAGCUUGUGUUUCUUGGUUUUGUUGUUAGUGCGCAGGGUGUACAGGUUGAUGACGAGAAGAUACGAGCUAUCCAAGAGUGGCCAACGCCGACGAACGGGCAGCACAAGUUGAACAAGCGGCAUGCAAGGUGGAUGGAGUUCAUUGAGACGUUUCCCUACGUCAUCAAAUACAAGCAAGGUAAAGAGAAUGUGGUGGCUGACGCACUUUCUCGGAGGUAUGCCUUGAUCUCUACCUUAGAUGCUAAGUUGCUUGGUUUUGAGUGUAUCAAGAGUUUGUAUGAGCAUGAUGCUGAUUUUGGUGAGAUUUAUCUAGCAUGUGCCAGAGCUGCGAGUGGAGAGUAUUUUAGGCAUGAUGACUAUCUUUUUAGGAAGAAUAAGUUAUGUGUUCCUAAAUGUUCUUUACGUGAGUUGUUAUUGCUUGAGUCUCAUGGUGGGGGUUUGAUGGGACAUUUUGGCAUUGCUAAG